AUGCAAGAAAAGACAAAUACUAAUGAAGAUAAUCUAUUAUUAAAACAUUUUUAUGAUGAAGAUUUAUAUAAUAAUUCCGAUGAAUAUGGAUUAGAUAUUACUACACUUCGUUAUACACUUUUGCAAUGUCGUAGGCAGCUUCUUGUCUGGAUUAAUGCCUUAAUUGAUGCAGAAUAUGCUUAUACUAAAGUUGAAUUACGAGAAGAUUUUAAUAAAUUAAAAUUUGAAUAUGAUAAAUUAAAAAAUGAAACUAAUUUAUUAAAAAAUAAUUUUCAAGAAUUAAUUGAUAAUUGCAAAUUUUUAAUUGAGCAAACAACUGCAAUUUUGAAAGAACGAGAUGGUUAUUAUUCAGAAUGGAAAUUUAAUAGAAAUAUUCUUACUCCACGACCUGAUUGGGAUAAAUGUUCUCAUCUUAUAACACAAUGGAAAAAUCUAUCAAUUGGUAAAACAAGUGAAGAAUUAGUUGAUGUAUUAAUUAAUGAAAUUAUUCAUGGAAAUACGAAAGAAAAUAAUAAUGAAUAUUUUUCUAUGAUUAUUAAUAAUAAAAAUGAGUUAAAUCAAAAAAAUAUAUUUUUUGAACAAUUAUCUAUAGAUACAUCUUCUGAAGAAAAAUUUAUUAAAAAUCGACAUAUGCGUCGACGAAUAACUGGUUUACUUAUUAAAGAAAUUUGGUCAAAUAAAUUAUUUGAUGAAAAUAAACUUGAAACAAAAACAAAUAUUAAAUUAACUGAUUAUGUAUUUGAUUAUUUAACAAAAAGAUUUAAUAAUAAAGAAAUAGCUAUUGAAAUUGGUUAUAAUAUAAAAGAUGCAUGUAAUCGAUAUUGUAAUAAUUAUGAAAUAAAUUUAUUUUGGCAAAUAUUAACUGGACAAAUCGAAGAAAAUGUUUAUCAUUAUGAAAUGAAAGAAUUUGCUCGAAUUCUUCAAUAUUUAAUUAAAUUAUGUUCACAUUCUUCAUCACAAUCUUUAUUGUGGACAAUUCGAUGGUCAGAUUUAUUGACUGCUCUUCAUGAGCUUUAUCCAAAUUGGACAAAUGAACGUAUAUCACUUUUAAUUAUUGCUGCUGAAAAAGACUUAAAACAAUCAUCAAAAGAACGAAAUGAUUAUUUCGAAUUUUUAUUAUUAUUUACUGAAGAUGAUGAAGGUCAUAUAGGAGAAUUUUUAAUGACUAUACGUCAACAAUUACAAUUAGAUAAAAUUGAAUAUAUUGAAAAAAUAAAAGAUCUACUUAUUGGAUAUCCAUUAGUGUCAAUUAAUCAGUUCAAACAAGCUGUACAACUUGUUGAUCCACAUAUAUCAAAAAAUGAACUUGAACGAUAUGUUAAUUGGGUAUUUGAACUUGAAAAAAUCUUAUUAACGUUAAAUCAGCAAGAAAUAUCAUCGAAAACGAAUGAAAAUAUUCAAUUAAUUAAACAAUUAAAAAAACGUGAUUUUGAAGAAAUUAUUCUUCGUUUAGAACGUUGUUCUUGUUUUAUGCAUUAA